CAGAGGACUGAUCAGGUUACAGCAUGAGGCACACAGUACUUGGAGUGGGAGAUUUUCAAAGGCAUACUGCAGGGUGAUGUAUGGGAUUAGGCAACAAUGGAGACGCGUAGUGGCAGGAAGACAAUGGAGCUUCCAUCACAGAACUCCUCCCACUCAACAACUUCUUCCUCAUUGAAGAACUUCACCAUUCCGAGGAAGAAGAGAGAGGCUGGGAAAGGUUCAAUAUUUUUUGAACCAUGUCCCAAAGAAAAUCGGGAAUUUAGCUGUAUCCAGUCAACACUAAGUGAAUCCAGAUUAGACAUGGGCAAGGAGGUCUUCCUGUCCUGGCAGUCUCAGGAUGUAAGGCUUGUGCACAACGAGAAGCUCUUGAGAGAGUUCUCUGACAAAAGGUCUGAGAUGCGUUCAAAGGGGCGGCAUGGCAGAGAGAUGGAGGAAAGAUUCUGUUUUUUAGUGACAUCUGAACAAGCCAAAGCAAGUAUUUGCCAAAACGGACUGAAGACAGAAAGCACAGCCCAGCACUCCCUGGGCAACCCAUCCCAUGGAGUGUAUUUGUACAGACAUGUCGAUGUGGCCCUAAGAAAUGCUAUGAGAAACUCAGCCACUCCAAAAAAUAUAAUCAUUUUCAAGGUAAUCUUGGGAAAGGUGAAAAAAUUGCAGUGCAGUUUGGGAAAGAGCAGCAUUCAGGAUCCAACAAUACAGUUUGACAGCUAUGUUUCUAAGGACACAGUUGACCCCAAAGAUCCCCUCUCCCAGCAAAUAUUGGGCUCAUCUGUGUUUAUUUUUGACUAUAAUGAAAACCAGGAGCUACUCCCAAGACCUAGGCAGUGCUUGCCGUACGCUGUGGUUUUGGCUGUUCCCAUUAGCAACACCUCUUCCCUUGCUACCUCUUACACCCCAGUUCCAUCUUCUGGGAUGACACCAGGUAUUGUUUGUCUAAACUGGAGUUGCCCAACACAUGAAUAGCACAUCACACAAUAAAGUUCCCACACCACAUAUUGAAACAUUGACAGAUCUCAUCAAAUGAAAAAAGAAAUAAAAAAUAAUCAUAUAUAAAAAAAGAAUCAUCUCGCUGUGAAGAGUAGUAAAGUUGCCGCCUUGUAAUUUAAACAGAUGUGGGCACUAGGCAUGAAAUGAUACAUUCAGCUCACA